GGAUUUAACUACUUGAGGGAAAGGCUGUUGCUGCAGGAGCCACAGAGGCAUUGGUUAUAAGGGCCCUUUCAAACUCAUGCCCUGAGCUUGUCAACAGGUGUCAGAGAGAGAGAAGAAAUAGAGUGACAGAUUCUCAGGCUUUCAGAGGAGGGAGUCACAGGGAACUGCAACGCCAUGACCACUAGACUUCACUGGCUCACAAGAGCCCUAUGCCUGGUAAGCAUACUGUGCACUGUCACUUCCAAGUAUGUGACAGAAGAUUAUUCAUCCCCCGCUGAGAAAGAAGUCACCUUCAGCCACGUCUAUAAGAUUGACCUGGCCAAGAGCCCUGAGUGUAAACUCGCCUUGCAGACCCUCCCUUCUCAACAGGACCAGUUUUCAGGCCUGCAAGAGCUGGAAGGGGGCGCUACUCUGGAGGGGGAAAACAACAUCGUUUUCAGGCACCAAAUCAACCUCAAGACCCCAAAGUGUGACUGUGAUGAGUCGGAGAGCUUUACGUCUCUGCUGUACAGAGUCAACGGGCUGGAGGAGGAGGUGGAACAUCUGAAGAGUCAGUGCUCCCAGGGCUGCUGUGGUGGAAAAGGAGGUGUGGACACUAGCUGUAGUGGCCAUGGGACCUACCAGCACAACACCUGCAGUUGUCAAUGCAACCCUAGCUGGGAGGGUCCUGACUGCUCCAUUUCCACCUGUCCUGAUGAGUGCAACGACAACGGCCGCUGUGUGGAUGGCAAGUGUGUCUGCCACACUGGCUAUACGGGGAGUGACUGCAGCCAGCUGAUGUGCCCAGGCGACUGCAACGAUAAGGGACACUGCGUGGACGGCAAGUGUGUUUGCUUCAGCCACUUCACUGGCGAGGAUUGCAGCGAACAGAAAUGCGAUCCUGACUGCAUCCACGGCACCUGUGUGAACGGAAUGUGUAUCUGUGACGAAGGCUUCUUUGGGGAAGACUGCUCUACAGUGUCGGGCCCUAACGGCCUGCGUCUGGUAAGGGUGACUGAUAAUUCUCUGCUGGUGGAAUGGGAGGCUGUGAAAGCAGCAGAGUACUACAUCCUGACCUGGCACCCUGAGGGCAAUGAGGCAGAGCUGGAGCGGUUCACCGUGCCCAACACAGAGACCUCCUACCUGAUCACAGGACUCAGCCCAGGUGUCACCUACAUAGUGCAGGUGUACGCUGUCAUCAAGGAGAUCCAGAGCGAGGGGGACAGGAUCGAGGCGACCACAGAGGUGUCUGGUAUUGAUGGUAUCCGGGUAUUGGGCCAGACUGAGGACUCUAUCCAGGUGGACUGGCAGAACCCUGCAGCACCUCUGGACCACUUCAGACUGACCUAUGCUAACCCUGACGGGCAGGAGGAGGAGCAGAACGUACCAAUGAGUGCAGAGGCCAGGACCACCCACACCAUCGUAGGACUGCAACCUGGCACUGAGUAUCUCAUCACAGUACAAGGCAUCAAAGGGACCAUCGAAGGGAAAGCCUCCUUCGCCACCGGGGUCACAGAUCUUGACGAUCCUACUAACCUCUUGACCAAAGAAGUGACAGAGGAUACCGCUACCGUGGAAUGGCAGAAGGUACAAGCAGAGAUCGACGGCUAUGUGAUCAGCUACAGCUCUGCUGAGGGCUCCAGUGGGGAGAUCCCUGUUGGGGCAGACAGCACCUCCUACAGGCUGACUGGUCUGAGGCCUGGAGUCAUCUACACAGUCUACAUCUGGGCUGUCAAGGGCUCCCGGGUCAGCAGGAAAAGCUCCACAGAAGCUGAGACAGAACUAGAUGUUCCUACUAACCUGUUGACCAGAGAAGUGACAGAAGACACAGCGACAGUAACAUGGGAUAAAGUCCAGGCUGAAAUCGACGGCUACCUGAUCAGCUACAGCUCUGCUGAGGGCUCCAGUGGGGAAAUCCCUGUUGGGGCAGACAGCACCUCCUACAGGCUGACUGGGCUGAGGCCUGGAGUUAUCUACACAGUCUACAUCUGGGCUGUCAAGGGCUCCCGGGUCAGCAGGAAAAGCUCCACAGAAGCUGAGACAGAACUAGAUGUUCCUACUAACCUGUUGACCAGAGAAGUGACAGAAGACACAGCGACAGUAACAUGGGAUAAAGUCCAGGCUGAAAUCGACGGCUACCUGAUCAGCUACAGCUCUGCUGAGGGCUCCAGUGGGGAAAUCCCUGUUGGGGCAGACAGCACCUCCUACAGGCUGACUGGGCUGAGGCCUGGAGUCAUCUACACAGUCUACAUCUGGGCUGUCAAGGGCUCCCGGGUCAGCAGGAAGAGCUUCGUUGACGCUGAGACAGAUCUGGAUGCUCCUACUAACCUCUUUACCAGAGAAGUGACAGAGGACACAGCUGAUGUGUCGUGGGACAGACCUUUAGCGGACAUUGAUGGCUACCUGAUCAGCUACAGCUCUGCUGAGGGCUCCAGUGGGGAGAUCCCUGUUGGGGCAGACAGCACCUCCUACAGGCUGACUGGGCUGAGGCCUGGAGUCAUCUACACAGUCUACAUCUGGGCUGUCAAGGGCUCCCGGGUCAGCAGGAAGAGCUCCACAGAAGCAGAGACAGAAAUUGACGCACCAAAAAAACUGAAAGCAUCGGAUGUUAAACUGAAUGAAGCUACCCUGACCUGGACUGCUCCCUUAGCCAGAAUCGAUGGCUACAUCCUCACAUUGAGAGCUGAGGAUGGCAGUUUGAAGGCUGUGGAGAAGAAGCUGAGGGCAGGAGAGAGCAGCUUUGCCAUGUCGGACCUGGAGAAAGGAAAGAACUACAUUGUUACCCUCCUUGCUUACAGAGGACCAAAGAGGAGCAGGGUGAUAGAGAUCACAUUUAAAACAGUGGGUUUGUUGUACCCAUUCCCCAUGGACUGUACUCAGAUUAAGAAGAAUGGUAACGUGGCAAGUGGAAUCUACACCAUUUACGUCAACAGUGAUCGCACCAAGGCCAUGGAGGUGUACUGUGACAUGGACACUGAUGGCGGUGGAUGGGUGGUGUUCCAGAGACGCAACAAUGGACAGAUGGACUUCAUGAAGCGCUGGAGACAGUACAUGGCUGGUUUUGGGAACAUGACUGAUGAAUUUUGGCUUGGACUGGACAAUAUCUAUGAGCUGACCAAUACUCCCACGCGGUACGAGCUGCGAGUGGACCUUGGUGUGGGUUCGGAGAAGGCCUAUGCUGUCUAUGACAACUUCAAGAUAGCCCCGGCUAAGCAGAAGUUCACGCUGACCAUCGGUGAAUACAGUGGAACAGCAGGCAAUGCCAUGAGCUACCAUCAAGGUCGCCCCUUCUCCACGGUUGACAAUGACAAUGACAUUGCUCUUGGUAACUGUGCCCUGACACAUCGUGGUGCAUGGUGGUACAAAAACUGUCACCUUGCCAACCUCAACGGCAAAUUCGGAGACAACAGACACAGCAUGGGUGUGAACUGGGAGCCAUGGAAGGGUCACCUGAUGUCUCUUGAUUUCACUGAGAUGAAGAUUCGGCCUGUGGGCACUGCCAGGAAGAGGAGGUCGCUUAGAAGCAGUACAGCUCCCAGAAAAUAGUCCCCCUGUUGAACUAAAGCAGUCAAUGGGAACCUCAUUACAAACCAGGCAAAGUAGCUAGAACCUCAAACCAGGAACAUCAAUCUAUCUCAAGAUUAUUGUAACUUACUUUAUGUUAACAUAUCAUAUGGCUGCAGCCAUAAACGUCUUUAUUUUUCAUAGGAUAUUUGUAUUAUAUUGGUUUAUUUCAUAUAUAUUAUGAACAAGUGAACUGCAACUUUCACUGUAUAGUGUUAUCACAUGGGCAAAGUAAAAGGAUUUCGUAUCUUGGCUCUGUCCUAAAGCGGCAUUCCUCGCAGACGUAGAUUCUUAGCAAAUGACCUCUGUCCUAUUGUACUGUAUAUGAUUACAUUUUAUAGGCUGGCUCCAUGGCAUAAAACAGUCUCCACAUUCAUAACACUGUCUGCUCCUAUUAUGCAUAAUCAGUUAGAUUACCCAAUGAUACCGUGUUUUUAGAAUAGUUAUACUGCUCUUGUUCACAUUCAUAUCAUAGCAUAGACCCUGACUCUCUGUUCUAAGUUCUGGUCUCUGGCCUACCCAGCCUACAGAGUUAGCUACAUUUCACAUUUCAGAUGUUUUGCAUAAGAAAUAGAAUGUAUGACAUGCUCCUUUGUAAGAUUGUAUUUUCAAGUGUGUAUUGUAAUUGUGUCGUUCCACGAAGAGUGCCUUUUGGGUCCCUUUGAUAUUUUAAGUAGAAAUUAAAAGCCUGCUAUAUUAAAUGAAGUGCCCUUUAAUAUAGACCACAUGGAGAAUUCAAUCAAUCGGAUUCCUAAAAUGAAUAUAGGCUUGCUAAAAUGCCAAAAUGCAGCAUUUUGACAUGUCCCUCCAUCAACCCUGUAUCACUUCUAGGAAGAUUUUAACCGACUUAAUCCCAAAAUGUCUCCAAGUUUUACCAUCAUUGUAAAGCCCUACUUAAAGUGUUGCUAUGACAGUCAUUUCUGACGCCUAUUAUGUAUUUCAUGUGAUUAGUGAUUAAUUUACAUCUGUCCCUCGUUUUAAGGUCAACACUUAUGUGAACUGAACAUGGUGAAACUAUUCCUUUUAAAAUAUUUCUUUUUGCAGAAGAAACAUUGAAUAUCGAAUAGUCAAAUCAUAGAGUAAAAGCUUUUAUUGGCCAUUUUCUGGUGUUUUGUGGUUUCAAGCAUAACAUGUCAACCUUUUUACCCACAGAUCGACAGGCUAUAAAUGUUUCAACAAGUUCA